CAGAUGGAGACAUCACUUGAGUUGACCAACAUGACCAGAGUCCAGCAAUUUGUGCUGUUAGGCUUUCCCACCAGGCUGGUCAUAACAGAUGCCCUGUUCACGGUCUUCCUACUCUACCUGCUGACACUCCUGGAGAACACACUCAUCAUCUAUCUCAUCUGCAGUCACAGUGAGUUCCACAAGCCCAUGUACUUCUUCCUGGGCAACCUCAGCUGCCUGGAGAUGUGUUAUGUGUCAGUCACCAUGCCCACCCUACUCUUGGGGCUGUGGACAGGACCCUACCAUAUUUCUUUUGUAACUUGCAUGACUCAACUCUUCUUCUUUGUCUCUCUCAUCUGCACAGAGUGCACCCUCUUGGCCUCCAUGGCUUAUGACCGCUAUGUGGCCAUCUGCCGCCCACUGCACUACCCACUGCUCAUGAGGCCACAGGUCUGCCUGGGCUUAGCCUUGUCUUCAUGGCUUGGUGGGCUGGUGGUCUCAGCGGUAAAGACAAAAUGCAUUGCAAGCCUCACCUACUGUGGCCCCAAUGUCCUCAACCAAUUUUUCUGUGAUGUCUCCCCACUUCUCAACUUGUCCUGUACACACGUGGCCCUCACAGAGCUGGUAGACUUCAUCUCAGCCAUUGUCAUCUUCUGUGGAACACUCCUGGUGUCCUUGGCCUCCUAUUCAGCCAUUGGGAUGGCUGUACUCCGCAUGCCAUCAGCUGCUGCCCGCUGCAAGGCCUUCUCCACCUGCGCCUCUCACCUGGUAGUGGUGGGCAUCUUCUACUCAGCAGCCCUCUUCAUCUACUGCCGCCCCAGCCGCAUCAAGUCCAUGGACCUCAACAAGGUGCUGUCUGUCAUCUACACGGUGGUCACACCUCUCUGUAAUCCUAUCAUCUACUGUCUGAGGAACAGGGAAGUCCACACUGUGCUGAGGAAGACUCUCCACUGGCCUUGA